AUGGCGGCCACACCAUCGACAAAGCGUCUUCUCAAAGAAUACCAAUCCACAUCACGCGAGCUUGGCCUUUUACCCAACACCACUCGCUCCCCCUCCGCAAACCCAGACCUGCUCGAACUGCGACCCUACGAUUUGGAUGCGCAAGACCUCUCCGAAUGGACGGCUCUCCUUCGCGGCCCGCCCUCCUCCCCCUACACCGGCGGCAUCUUCACCCUCUCCAUCGCGAUCCCACCAGCAUAUCCCACCAAGCCACCAGUGAUCAAGUUCCAAACGCGCAUCUUUCACCCCAACGUCGCCUGGAAGGAUGGAGAGAUCUGUCUUGAUGUGCUCAAGGAGCAGUGGACGCCAGCAUGGACGUUGAGCUCCGCCUGCACUGCGAUUCUCGCCUUGCUAGACGCACCAGAACCCGAUUCGCCGCUGAAUGUCGAUGCUGCUACGAUGGUGCGGUGUGGCGAUGGGCGGGCGUAUAGGAGCAUGUGUAGGAUGUACACGCUGCUCUUUGCCCAACCCUCGUGA